AAUAAUAAAUGUGGAAUUCCGCAAAUAUAGUUUCGACGUUGUGCUGUUCUCACUUUACUUGUCAUUUAGAAAUUAAUUUGCUUCACCGGUAGCAGUUUAAUUACUUUAGCUACUAUAAACAAUAUAUAGCCAUUGUUGUACGGUUAAAGGUAAAAUGUCAGAACGUGUCGUAGCGUGGUGUUGCGAGGAAGAAUGGUUGAACGUUUAUCACAAUCUGUUUUACGGCGAUGUUCAAAGUCAAACCGAUGCUCUAGAUGUAAUUAACAUCUGGAGAUUACGGUUUUCGUCAAAAGUGCCUGUUGCCAUCGAAGCAACACUGCGGUUAUUUGAGUCUUCGCUUGAAUACCAGCUUGUAAGUGGGGGUGCUCAACGGCAAAUGAUGUCCGCUGCUGUUACACAGUUUGUUGGCCUGCUUACAGAAAAAGGCUUGAAAGGUAACGUAAGGAAACCAAUACAUCAUGUUGGUGUAGACCUUGGCAUACCAGAAUGGCUUAUAAACUUAAGACAUGAAAUGGCCCAUGGACCUCUGCCUGCACUACCAAUGUUACACAAAGCAGUGACUUUUGCCAUUGACUGGCUCAAGGAAAACCAUUGGGAUGUUCAAGCGCACAAGAUUAAUUCUACUAAAAAUAAUUAUAAAAAGGUGGCGACAGGAUUGGAGAUAUGGGAACAAGACCAAAUUAAAGAAAGCAGAUUAAGAGAAUUAAUAGAUAAAUUGCUGAAAGAAUAUUUGCGUGUUAUAAUUCAACCAGACUUUAAAAAAAGAAAACCUGAUGCUAUUCACACUGCAAACAAACUAAUAUCUCUGAUAAAAAAGCAAAAUGCAGACGAUUGCUUUUGCUCUGUGUUAGUUGAAGGGGUUUUUUUGUUCUAUCUAGGAAGUACUGGGAUAAUGAAUAAUGAAGGAGAUGAAAUGCCAUGUAAAGAAGAGUUGAAUCGCUGGAAACCUGUUUUAAAUGCCAUUAAAAAACAAGGGAAUGUCGUAACAUUGCUUUGUAAACUGCUACAGUAUCUAUGUAAAGACAAUGAACAUAAUGUAACAAAUGCAGUACCUUGGGUAUUCUAUGUAUUGAGUGAAAUCUCUACUGAUGUAAAAGCAGUAGAGGAUGAGUUGACAACGUGUUUAAAACAAUUUGUCCUCAAUUGUCCUGCUUCUCUUUCGUUUAUCUAUCAAUAUGUUAUUGAGAAAUUUAAACAUGCCCUAAAUGAUAGCUUGGUUAAAAAGUUGAACAUGAUACUCGAAAUAAGGUUUCCAACCCAAAAUGAUAAAACAUUUUGUCUUCCAUCUGAUACAAUUUACACUGCUGAACAAUGUGCUAAUAAAACAGAUGUUUCCAAUGGAAGUAAAGAGUUGGUGUUAUGCAAUGAAAGAUUUUCAAACAGCAGCAUUGGUUUGUUGCCUGGACAAAACAUCAAAUCACUUUCUGAGAAGUUAUUUUAUUAUGAAUCUGAAAACAAUUUUGAAAGUAAUGAAGAAGUUAUCACGGAAGAGCAAACGCCCAGGAAGAAAAGGCGCAGCAACCAUUGGAAAAGUUCAGACUCUGAAAACUCUGAUUUUAAACCACAAAACAUGUUUAGCAGUUUUAAUGAGUUAGAUUGGCAAAUUGCCCGUGAUACAAUUUCCUUAUUGUAGACUUUCAUUUUGUGCUAAUAUAGUGCCAACAUGUUUUGUGAUAAUAGCUGUGUUUUUAUGCAUUCUGCAGUCUUUCUUUUCAG